ACGCAUAAGACUUCUUAACUUCAGGAAAUCCUGCUUUAUGAAACAGUGCUUGCUACCCGUGACUGCUUGAAGAGGCUAUCGCGGAAAGAAAAGCUCAACUGCAGGGAAAAGUUGGUUCCCAGAAAGAAGCAAGUGCCUAGUGCUAGCCAGAGGCAAGGAACCUCUCUAAACAAUCCACUUAUCUGCAACAAGAGUCACAGCCAAAGAGCAUCAAGUCCAGCCUCCUGAACAGUUUCCAGAGAUGGCUUUCCUUACGUGGCUUUUGGCUAUUCUUCAUGUGCACAAAGCUCUGUGUGAAGAGACAUUGUGGGACACAACUGUUCGGCUUUCUGAGACUAUGACACUGGAAUGUGUAUAUCCAUUGAUGGAUAACUUAACCCAGGUGGAGUGGACCAAGAACAUUGGCACAAAUACAGUGAGCAUAGCUGUUUACAACCCUAACCAUAAUAUGCAUAUAGACCCUAAUUACCUCCACAGAGUGCACUUUCUAAACUCAACAGUGGGGUUCCGCAACAUGAGCCUUUCCUUUUACAAUGCCUCUGAAGCAGAUAUUGGCACCUACUCCUGCUUGUUUCAUGCUUUCCCACGUGGACCUUGGGAAAAGAAGAUAAAAGUAGUCUGGUCAGAUAGUUUUGAGAUAGCUGCACCUUUGGACAGCUACCUGUCUGCAAAACCUGGCCAAAAUGUCACACUCAACUGCCAGCUUCAAAGGACUUGGCCAGUGCAACAAGUCAUAUGGGAAAAAGUCCAGCCCCAUCAGGUAGACAUCUUAGCUUCCUGUAACCUAUCUCAAGGGACAAGAUACACUUCAAAGUACCUAAGACAAACAUGGAGCAACUGUAGCCAGGAGAGCAUGGAAAGUGUCCUCAUCAUCCCCUAUGCUAUGGCUUCUGACUCAGGACUUUACAGAUGCCGCUCUGAGGCCAGUACGGAAAAAACCAAAACCUUUGUCAUAAGGUUGAUCAUAACUGAUGGAGGAACCAAUAAACAUUUUAUCCUUCCCAUCGUUGGAGGGUUAGCUUCACUGUUACUUGUCAUCUUAAUUAUCAUCGUUAUCAUUUUAUAUAACAGGAAGAGAAGGAGACAGGUGAGAACUCCGCUUAAAGAGCCCAGGGAUAAACAGAGUAAGGUAGCCACCAACUGCAGAAGUCCCACUUCUCCCUUCCAGUCUACAGAUGAUGAAAAAGAGGACAUUUAUGUAAACUAUCCAACUUUCUCUCAAAGACCAAAACCAAGAUUCUAGGCAGCUCUUUUGGCCUGAGCACAUUAGUGAUGACUUCUAUGGCUUGGAUUUUUACCCAUGCUCUCCUCACCGUCAGGAUUUACAUGAUGAAAAAUUACAUUUGUUUCAUCUAAUAUAUAGAAGUACUUUAUUACCUGGAAAUAUUCUUAAUAGAGAUGCAUUAGAAAGCCCAAAUUUAAUGAAAUCAUGUGUUCAAGGAGCCUUCUUCCAUUAUGUAACAGAACAAUCUAGAGAGGAUUAAGCACCACACGGCUUUCUCACUCUACUUGAAAUUAAUUGUGAGCAUAAGCUUGUUUCUGGAUCCUUCCUACAGUUUUGGUUCUACUUACAUACUACUGGUCCAACUCUCAUGCUGCUUCUCUCAGAUGCUCCCAUGAUGAUUGCCAAGGAUACUUGGUAGACAGCUUACUGGUUAAACACAAGAAACAAAGUUUACUAUUCACUUAUUAGCAAGAAGGUAGCAUUACCAUAAAGGAUUAGAUGACCUAAAUUAGCUAUAAGUUCAAGACCAGGACAAAAGCAUUACUUGGGAAUUCUGAGUGUUGCUAAAAAGGAGAAUGAAAGGGACCUAGAAAUUGAGUCAUUCCUGACAGACUUUGACUUCAAAGACAUUACUCGAGAACCAGAUAACAAAUGAAUAUGCUGUAGCAUCAGCAUAAUUCAACAGGGUACAUGUAAACAAAUGGCUAGGAAUGAGAUAGUUGUAUAAUUAUUUCUUCCCUUCCUAGUUUCAAAUAAAUUCAUCUCUAAUUCUAUAGAGAAUUUUUGCCACCCAUUCAGGCCUGGCCUUCUAUACAGUGAGAUGGUCCAAUAAAAAAUAGUUAUUUUAAUAAUGCUUUUUCUACUUUUGAGAAUUAUUUUAAUAUGUAAACUUGUGAGUUAAAAAAAACUUCCAAAAAUUAGCACAUGAAACGAGAUUGACGGUUUUAAGUAGAAGAAUACAGUAAUGUAGGAAUCUGAGAGCAGAGUUUGGGAGGGGUUGAAAGGAAAAGACAUCACCAAAUAGUGAUAUAUGAGAGAAAAUCUGUACUUCAGAGUUUGAUCAAGGCCAUCUCUCCCAACUCUGCUGGCACUGAAAGAAUGCAUUUGAUGCUGUCUCCAUUUUAGAUAGA